ACCUUGCCAUCUCAGCAUUUCCCCUAUUUUCCCUCUCCCCAAUUUUUUCCCUCCUCAUAAACUUAAAACACCCAGAAAAUAUCACAUUUCUGUUCAUUUUUUUCUUAAUCCCAUUCUCCCUUUUUUCUUGAUCAGUCUUUGAUUCUUUGGGGGAGCUAGGUGCUGUAGAAGAUGGCUCAAUUACUCUCCCCAGUUUGCACUGACACCCUCAAAUUUCAGAACCCUGUACAUAAUUUAUUUCCAAGAAAAAGAUGGCCCAUGUUGGGUACUAAUUGUAGCAGUGUGAGCUCCCAUGGUGGAAGGAGGAAAGGCGGCUUUGGCAGAAUCAGAGUUGCUUACCAGGAAUCUGCAGCAUCUGAAGAGGUUGCUGAUGAUUAUUAUGCUGUUUUAGGCCUGCUUCCAGAUGCUUCACCUGAGCAAAUUAAGAAAGCCUACUAUAAUUGCAUGAAAGCUUGCCAUCCAGACUUGAGUGGAGAUGAUGAAGAGACCACAAACUUUUGCAUGUUUAUCAAUGAGAUUUAUGAGGUUCUCAGUGAUCCUGUACAGCGGUUAGUAUAUGAUGAGAUUCAUGGGUAUGCUGCGACAGCAAUUAAUCCUUUCUUCGAUGAUUCCUCCCCAAAAGAUCAUGUUUUCGUUGAUGAAUUUAGCUGCAUAGGUUGCAAAAAUUGUGCCAAUGUUUGCCCAAAGGUGUUCGAUAUCGAGGAAGAUUUUGGAAGAGCUAGAGUUUAUAGUCAAUCUGGAAGCCAAGAACUAAUCCAACAAGCUAUAGAAAGUUGCCCAGUCGAUUGUAUCCACUGGACUUCUGCUGCACAACUAUCGUUGCUUGAGGAUGAAAUGCGAAGAGUAGAAAGAGUAAAUGUAGCCUUAAUGCUUUCGGGAAUGGGCGCUGCAUCAAUUGAUGUUUUCCGAAUGGCUAGCACUCGGUGGGAAAAGAGACAAGCCAAAGUCUUGGGACAAGCUAAGGUUAGGAUGACGAAGAAGAAAGGUUCCGAUAAAACAGAUUCAUAUUGGGACAACCUUUGGGGCAAGCCUAGGGACUACCAAAGUACAGAGGAGGAAGCAAAAGAACGGGCAGGUCGAGCUGCAGCAGCUGCUCGAAGAUGGAGGGAGUACUCUCGAAAAGGCGUCGACAAGCGCCCCACGUUUAAGCUUCCGGAGGCGGCCUCCAAGGAUAACUAAAGUACAGUCUGACCACCCUUCCUAAGUACAUAAUUCAUGUGUUUAUGAGUAGUUUAUCGAUGUCUUACAUGGUGCAAUAUAUCAUCCUUAAUGCCAUGAAUUAGCACUCUUGAAGACGUUAAUAUAUGUAAAUGCAUAGAUAAUUUUAGCCCGCAGUUCUUGAAUUCAUAAACAAGAAAUCAAUAAGAAAUAUACUAGUUGCUGUUCUUGUGUCAA